UACUAACUUCAACAACAUUUGUAAAACCUUUCUGUUUUCAGUCAGAAGAAACGUAACCCGUAUUGAUUUUAAUUGAAAACUUGUCAUCUUUUUUUAUCAUUAUCACUUGCAUAUCUAGAAAAUUCCAAGGAUCUUGACUGCAAUACGCGAUGAAGGGACUCCUGACUGUUAACCUCGGUUACUAUGAUACUACUGACCUUCUGAUUACCUUUCAGCAGCUAAAUUUUUCGCCUGAAACUUUUCAGUUUUUAUCGAUAUCAUGUCAUUAGAAGAGUUUUCUUGGGCCUCGGAUCAACUGGCUAGUGGACUUACCAGCUCAGAUAAAAGGAGACUAGCCGAAGAUAUUAUUAUACGAUUCAAGAAAGAUCCGAAUGUCCUUAGUUUUUUGGCUGCAAUCAUUCACUCCCACGAAGUAAACUCUCAUUCUGAUGCUGUUCUGUUCUAUACUUUCAAUGUCUUGAAGGAAGCAAUUGUAGCUCAUUGGACAACUCUGACCUUCGAAGAAGUCCACUCUUGGUUGGAAUCAAUACUAAAGUUCGCUAUGUUGUUUUGUGAUCGGCUACAGACCUUUAUCAUCCAACAGAUUUGCAAAACCGUUUCAAUCAUUGUGAAGCGUUCAACAAUUGCUGGCGAUCCAUGGGUAAAAUCUAGAGUCAUUGAAAGCGUUUUUGGUCUGGUUAAAGCCGAACAAAGAACUCUUCGUUGCUUCUCUUUCAGUUUGGCCGAUGCUGUGAUAUCGGAGUUCAGUUCAAUAUAUGAUUCCCAGUUGAAAGUAUCAUCACUAGCCUUAAAGAUGUCGAAAAUCGAAUUUCAAAGCAAAGAUCUGCCCCUCAUCUUUGAUACCAUGGUCUUUCAAAUGCAAAACGUCAUCAAGGACCAGUCAAACUUAACAGCUCAAGAUAUGAAUAUGUUUGCCAAGCGAUCCUUUCAAUUAGUUGAAAGAAUACUGAGCUGGAAUUUUAUGCAUACAAAUCGUCAUCAGAUGACAAAAACUGCCGAGAUUUUGCGACCGGGAAUCGAAUGGAAUGCAUUGCUUCUUAAUUCAAAUCAUGUAGAAUUUAUCAUCACCCUAGGACUCAAAUUACCAUACAGUGAAACUGUGUACAAUCCAUGGCUGCGCUCAGUGAUAUUACUUGCUUCUCUUUCGGGAAAUGUUUUCACAGAGAAAGCAGAAGAACGAAGCUAUUUAGCUACAUUUGUUAGUUUUGUAACCUCCCAGUUAACGAGAAACGACGAACUUUGCUGUAAACACCCCUUCGAAAUUGCCUCAGUCAUUAACAAGAUUUGCAUUUGUUUUGGCCGUGAUACUUGGUCUUCCCUUCCAGAAUCGACAUUUCUUGCUUUCUUCGAUGAACUAAGUCGAGUUUCUUUGAAAUUUUGUCAAUACUUGACUACAGAAGAAGCGACAAAUGACGACCAUGUGUUCCGUGAAGCAUUUCAACUGCUAUUGAAUUGUUGGGUAGUACAUAUAGCAGACAACAAUUUUGCUCAGUCGAAUGGUAAAAUUCGGGAACACUGUUUUUCUUUGUUUUCGUUCUAUCUGCAAUGUCACAUAGCGGAGCCAGAUGGCUUGAGAAAAGAGUACGAUGAAACAGAAAUCGACGAAACAGAGGAAAGUGAUAGAUUGCUAUUCACUGAUCAACUAAAUUCAAUAGCUACAAUUGGUAGAAGUUGCCUGGAUAAAUCAGUGCCUCUGGUAACAUCCUUAAUGGAUCAUUCAGUCUAUAAGCUAUUCCAGCGUCUUACAGUUGAGAAAAAUCCAAUGAAUGUUGAAAAGAUUUUCGAAGAUACACAUUGGAUUGUUUUGGUUGCGUCUCACUUAAUCGCAGAUGAAACUAUUGGAGAGACGCCUUCUGUGCCUUAUGAAAUCUUAGAUUUCUCGCUUCGAGCUCAAGACUCUGUUACGCAAGAACCAUCACUAUUGCAUAAUCUCUUCAUCGGUUACGCAACGGUGUCUAAAACACAACAAACAACAUUCGACCCGGUUGUUUUGCUUAUAUCAUCAGUUUUCAAUUACAUUAACAUGGAGAAUCGGUUUCUUCAUGCAGACAUGUCAUCUAUGCUUUCACCUGAAGUUUCAACCGACUGUUUAGAGUUUUUAAAAAGGUUAGCUGAAAGCUACGUGUUGUAUCGGCAAGAUGCGGUAAGUAUGGAAAUCAGUUCCUGCUUGAAGACCAUUUUUGGAGAAGACAGUGGCGGCGGUCAAUGGAUGGUCGAAACUUUGCUGAGCAAAGUUCUUCUUAACAUUCUCAAAUACAAUUCAGAGAGUUCAGUUAUAGAAGAAACCUUGAGUCUAUUGCUGACUUUGGUACAACAUAGUCGCGAAGCUGUUCUGAAAUGUCCGGCCAUGAACGAAAUAAUUGAAUUGAUUACAAAACACGACCAGUUUUGGAACAGUCUUUCAACUGACUGCUGUAGAAUACUGAUGCAAAGUCUGUUGCAAACAGUCAUGAAGAACCCAGAAAUGACGCAACUGUUACUCAACAAUCUGUUAUUACAUAACUUCGAUGCUUGUGUGUUACGUAAUAAUGAGUUGAAAAAGUCGAGCCAUACUUCAGGUGUGAUUCGUGAGCUUGGUCUAAUUUUGGAGCUGACUCGGGGCUCAAUAAAAGCAUGUCAUGUCGAAAAUACUGAAAUCAUAUUUGAACAUACUUUCAAAGUUGUCCAUCACUUCAGCGAAAUGCUGACUGCCAAUUUAUACAACGAUGAAAUCUUGCUGUGUCAGUUGAACUGUCUCUACGAUUUAACCUCAAUUGGAAUUCCAUCCAUGAAUAAUUCCCAAAUGCUGAACCUUUUAGAUGUUUGUUGCCAUUACUUACAAACUUUAACUUCGCUUGGAAUCCUCAAAGAAAAGACUGGGUCUUCUGCUACAGAAGAUGACUCUGCAAUAACGUUGGCCGAAACUGCUCUUGGAAUUGUUCUGAACAUAUCAUCAAUCGAAAGUGUGGAUGUCUUUUCUACGUUCAAUUCUGAAGAUUGUGCUAAAGCAGCACUUAGUGCCUUGAACAUAAUUGCACCAAUAUUGACCAGUGAACUCCUCAAAAUUCCAAGAAUUUCAACGGUGUAUUACGACAUGCUAGCUACACUUUUUGAAUGCAACUCGGAUAAAAUUCUUAAAGAAGCGAAUUCAAGAGUGUUUGAGCUGAUUGUGGCGUCUCUAGACGGUGCUCUGCAGUUUGGAACAAGUGAUGAGUCGAACCAGUCUCUGAUCUGUAUUUCAUCAUUGGCUCAAUAUGCUCAAACUUUGCUUCAAUCAACAAAUUCUGACGAACCUGAAAAAUCAGUUGUUUUGAACACUUGCCGACAUUUGAUGAGAACGCUUUUUAAAUGUCUGAUCAACCACUCGAUAUCAAGUGAAAAUAUAGAAAGUAGUUCAGAAGCUGUGUUCCAAUUAAUGGUUGUUUUGCCAAAUGAUAUGAACGAAAUUUUUGAAGCGGUAUUGACCAAUUUGGUAACAGGUGAUGGGGGUACUCGAGAGAAAGUUGCUGGAGCAUUUUCGAAUUUGGCAGCCCCUAUUUGCAAUGCUAACGCGAGAGGAAACUCGAUGAGGAGGAAUACUAUCUUCAAAAACAGGCUGGAGAAAUUCUUGGAUGUGGUGGGAGGCUUGGUAGUUGUUUGA